CGCUCCCGCUGGCCGCCGCCUCCGGCCCGCCUCGCGCUCCCGCGGCUAGCUCCCUCUGCUCCGGUCUCGCGCUUCCGCGGGCAACUACUCCGCUCGGCCUCCCGUCGGCGGCCGCUCCGCCCCCGUCGUCAGCCGCAUCCACGCGCGCCUUGCGCUCCCGCUGGCAGCUCCAUCCACCUCCGCGUCACCUAGCAGCCCCGGUCGCCGUCCGCCUCUCGCUCCCUCAGUCUGGCUCCAAAAUCACAGACGCUAGGUUACGCUCCCUCUCCCACCCUCCGCCGCCGCCAUUCCCAUCGUCGGCGCGCGAGGCAUCGGCGUCCCUCCGUCGUCGGCGCCGCCUGGAGCGCUCAGAUCCAGCCGGAUCCGGGCUGUUCCUCGCCGUUGCCGACCGAAUCGCCCCCACCGCCGGCUCCCGAGGAGCGGGCCCCAAGCUCCACCCGCUCCUCGGUCUCCUCUGCCGCCGGCCUCACCCUCGCGCUCCACCCGCUCGUUGCCUGCGCCGCCACCGGCCUCCUCCCGCAGACGCUCGCGACCGCCCUCCUCGCUGCGGCCGGCGCGCUGCCCGUGGGCGCCGCCGCUGCGAUUGCCCACGAGGGCGUCGGGUGGGCGGCCGUCGCUGCGCUCGGUUCCGCGGGGCGCUGCUGGGUGCCGUCUUCGCCGCGCCCUACUGCGGGCGUGGGAAGUCGUUGCUGCAGUACCCCCUCGUGCAGGAGAUAAUAUUCAAAUUGUGAGACUGGAGUUGAAGACACCAGGAGUUACGUGAGGAGCUUGAAGAAAAGAUCUCUCUGGCCCAAGACGUUGGAUGAAUACUGGGAACAGAGUGAAUUAUGGCCACAGUGAAUGAGGAUCCUGAACUCUCAUUUCCACCUGGAUUUGGACCUUUUGUUGGCCUUGCAUUGCAGGGUACCCAAAACAAUGUCAAACCAGGUGGUACUCAUUCUAGUUCAGUGCAAGUAGCACAGAGCAUUGAGGACGAUGUCAAAGUUUUGGAACCCAAUUCAGCGCAUUGUAGGAGUGGCACACCUGCCAGUACUUCUGGGAGCCAUAGUUGCAGGAAAUCACUUCGUAACAGGCCUCCAAUAGACUAUAGCCUCUAUGACCUUACCUCAGAUGAAGAAUCUGAAAUUGAAUCAGCAGAAAAGGGAGUAAAAUCAGUGAGACGUAGGCAACAAUUACCAAAAGGAGUCCUUCGAGGAUGUGCGGAAUGUGCUGAUUGUCAAAAGGUUGUUGCAAGGUGGAAUCCAUCUGGUGCACGUAGGCCUGUUCUUGAGGAGGCUCCUGUUUACUAUCCAUCCGAGGAGGAAUUCAAUGACACCUUAAAAUACAUUGAGAGUAUACGGCCUACGGCAGAACAAUAUGGAAUUUGUCGCAUUGUUCCACCACCUUCAUGGAAGCCUCCAUGUCUUCUUAAAGAGAAGAACAAAUGGGAAUGCUCAAAAUUUUCUACUCGAGUACAGAAGGUCGACAAGCUCCAAAACCGUAAAUCAUCCAAGAAGAGCAGAGGAAGUGGGAUGAUGAAGAAGCGGAGAAAGGUUUCAGAGCCAGAAGAUAUUGGUAGCAUUAAUCACAAUCAAACUGGGAUGCAUCAAAGCCCAGAGAGGUUUGGAUUUGAACCAGGGCCAGAGUUUACACUACAAACAUUUAAGAAGUAUGCGGAUGACUUCAGUGAUCAGUAUUUUAACAAAGAUGCAUGUGGGGACUCGCCACCAUCAGUGGAAGAUAUUGAAGGCGAGUAUUGGCGCAUAGUUGAAAGUCCCACUGAAGAGAUAGAGGUAAUAUAUGGCGCCGAUUUGGAGACUGGAACUUUUGGUAGUGGUUUUCCAAAGUUCUCUCCUGAAGUAAAAUCUGAUGGUGAGCAUAAGUAUGCAGAAUCUGGUUGGAAUAUAAACAAUUUGCCUAGACUACAAGGUUCAGUUUUAUCGUUCGAGGGUGGUGACAUCUCUGGUGUUUUGAUCCCUUGGGUAUAUGUUGGCAUGUGCUUUUCAUCAUUCUGCUGGCAUGUUGAAGACCAUCAUUUGUACUCUCUGAACUACAUGCAUUGGGGUGCUCCAAAGAUGUGGUACGGAGUUCCAAGAAAGGAUGCCGUGAAUUUGGAGGUAGCAAUGAGGAAACAUCUACCUGACUUGUUUGAGGAGCAGCCUGAUUUGCUUCACAACCUGGUUACUCAAUUUUCUCCAUCAUUGCUUAAAUCUGAAGGAGUUCCGGUCUACCGAUGUGUUCAGCAUGAGGGAGAGUUUGUCCUGACAUUCCCACAGGCAUACCAUGCUGGUUUCAAUUGUGGUUUCAAUUGUGCGGAAGCUGUUAAUGUGGCACCGAUAGAUUGGUUACCAAUUGGGCAGGAUGCUGUUGAGCUUUAUCGUGAACAAACCCGGAAAAUAACUAUUUCACAUGAUAAGCUGUUACUUGGGGCUGCAAAAGAAGCAAUAAGAGCUCAGUGGGACAUUCUUUUCCUCAAGAGAAAUACUGCUGAUAACUUGAGGUGGAAAAGCAUGUGUGGACCCGACAGCACCAUAUGCAAAUCACUUAAGGCAAGAAUCGAGAUGGAGUUGACACAAAGAAAGGAUAUAUGCUCUUCAUCUCAAUGUAGAAAAAUAGAUGCUGAAUAUGAUUCUGCAGAUACGGAGUGUGCAUUUUGCUACUAUGAUCUGCAUCUUUCUGCCUGUGGUUGUCCAUGUUCCCCAGAGAAAUAUACUUGCCUUAUACAUGCAAAGCAGCUUUGCUCAUGUGACUGGAGUAAAAGACUUUUCCUAUUCCGCUAUGAUGUCAAUGAACUAAAUAUCUUAGCUGAUGCUCUGGGUGGGAAGUUAAGUGCCAUUCACAGGUGGGGUGUCUCUCAUCUUGGAUUAAGUUUGAGCUCAUGUGUUAAACGAGAAAAGGAGCAAGAUCUGAAGACUCUUCGGAGAGCAACUGAUGGCCCCAGAAGGUCCUAUAUGUCACAUGCAUCAACAGUAUCAUUGUCACCUUCACUGGUUUGCAAUGAACAGAAAAGCUGUGGAAAUAAGAUGCUGAACUCAGCUUGUUUGGAAAUGAAUACUGCUGAUCCUUCUGCAGAGCAACUAAAGUUGGGAAAUAUUUCACCACAAAAGGAGCCAUGGGUGAAGAAUGAUUUAGCAUGCACACUAAAUACUGGUGCCAGCCAAUUACAGUAUAAUGGAGGGCCUGGAGGUGACAAAAACACAGCACCAAGUUUGUCAGUUCCUGCUGGUCAAUCAUCUUCCAAUGUUGGGACAAGGUCCUUAAGCACUUCUGGUGAAUACAACAAAAAUUCAUACGGCUCUCUGCCAGUAAUGGUUGAUCAUAGAAGCAACAUGAAGCCUAGUUCGGAAAGCUCAAUCAAUUCCCAUAGGUUAAUGACAUCUAACACUAAUGCAUCUCCGUGUUACUCUAACAAUGAUAAAAUACACAUAACACCAGAGACUAAUGCCUUGGUGAUGACAGAGAAAGAUAGCUAUCAGAUUCGUGCUGCAUCAAGUCAGCACUUUGUGAGGACUGUUUCAAGAGCACAAACUGUCUCUCAGGAAGCAUCAGCUAGUGUCUUUGCUUCAAAGCCACUUCCAGGUCCUUCACUUGUGAAAAAUACAUAUGGAGGUUUUAGUUCAAGCAAUGCCCAUCUUGGUCAUCCAAAAUUUUGUAAUCAGCAACCAAAUGAUGGGUGCCAUCAAAGAAAAUCUGAAUCUUUAUCUGGUCUGGAAGCUCAGGGGCAACCUGCUUUGGAAAAUGGUCCACAGAAGGGUCCUCGCAUAGCCAAUGUUGUGCAUCGAUUCAAGAGCUCAGUUGAACUUUUGGAAAUCGGUGCUGUUCUAUCUGGGAGGUUGUGGUCCUCAAGCCAAGCAAUUUUCCCAAAAGGAUUCAGAAGCAGAGUGAAGUACUUCAGCAUUAUGGAUCCAACACAAAUGACUUACUACAUAUCUGAAAUAUUAGACGCUGGACUGCAGGGACCUCUGUUUAUGGUGACUAUAGAAAACUGUCCAGGCGAAGUUUUUAUCAAUGUCUCUCCUACCAAGUGCUGGAGCAUGGUCCGUGAGAGGCUGAAUAUGGAAAUACGGAAGCAACUCAGCAUGGGAAGAGCUAACCUUCCUACACUACGGCCUCCAGGAUCAGUUGAUGGUCUUGAGAUGUUUGGGUUGCUGUCACCGGUAAUAGUUCAGGCAAUCGAGGUGCAGGAUAGAGAUGGGAUCUGCACAGAGUAUUGGAGGUCCAGGCCCCGUGUUGUUGCUGGAGACAGUGGCAGUCGGCAUAUGGCGCCACCUCAGGGUCCGACGCACAUUGCGCUCCUGAGGGAGCUGUUCCAGCGAGCCAGCCGUGAUGAGCUGCGAGCCCUGCGGAGUCUACUGACUAGCAAUAGCAGUCUGGACGAGAGCUCCAGGCAACAGGCUGCCCAAGUCCUGGACAAUGAGAUUGCCAAGCAGUGGCGCUGACGAACCUAAAUAGGACUUCUAAUAUCUUGACUGCAUGAAAUUUUUGGGACGGUACCAAGCAGUUAGGCUUUUUCAUUCCAUUGCCCGUGUGCCCAUUCCUUACAUUCUUUGUGCCCAUGCUCCCUGACAUAAGAUUUUGCCACACCUGGUUCUAAUGUGAUUCAGAUGAUCACCUCA